GAAUAAACCUAACAAAAGCUCCAAGAGAUGCUUAAAGUAAUAAGAUCGUCUGGGAGAAGCCACAUAGGGAUGGCCAUAGCUGUCAGGCCGUAUAGUGCUAGCACUGGCACUAGCAGCGAGUCAGGUGCCGAAACAACCGAGCUCUCGCAAAGACAGUUGAGAGAAAGAGCUUUGGCAGAAGCUUUGGCCAGAGACGAAGAAGCCCAGGCAAAGGCCAAGUUACUUGUGGACAUGAAGUACCAGUCCAAGGACUUGAUCGCCAGACUCAACAAAACCCCUGCCCACUUGAUCAAAGACCGGGUAUCCAAACUCCAGUCUGAUUUGACCUCUAUCGACGCAGAAAAGGUCGAGAUGUUGGAUAAACAGUUGGAAGAGUUCAUGCUCGAGAACUUGAAGUUACCAGCCGAGGAAAUCACCAACAGACCGUGGGCAGACUUGUCAACCGACAGAAAGUUCAUUGAUCCUAGUAAUAACAAGUCUGAUUCUGGUACCAACACUUUCAAAUCCACUGCGUCCAACUCGAUUUUAAACCAAUACCCAUAUUUGAAACCCACCCCUGACCAUCACGAGUAUUCAACCCAGGAGUUAUACUUGCGCUACUUGAAUCAUUCCCGGCAUUCUGGGAACUUGGGAUCCAAAUUGACCGAUGUCUACCAGCCGAAAAAUGAGGUGAACAGACCUAAAUCCAUAAGUGACAUGACCAUUUCCACUUUGAUGGCUGCUGGCUGCCACUUGGGUCACUCCAAGGCCAUGUGGAGGCCAUCCACGCAGCCUUUCAUCUACGGAGAGUACGAUGGAAUACAUUUAAUUGACUUGAAUCACACGUUGGUGGCAUUGAAGAGAGCAGUCAAGGUGGUAAAAGGUGUUGCAAACAAGGGAGGUAUGAUUCUUUAUGUUGGCACCACAAAGAACUGGGAACAGCAAAGAGCCUUGGAAGCGGCUGCCACCAGAAGCAACGGUUACUACAUCUCGAGAAAGUGGAUUCCGGGAACCAUCACCAACUUUACCCAGGUCACUAAACACCAGGGUGAAAGCAGACUUGUAAUUGACAUGAUGGACCAGCCUUCCACCGGCAGUUUGGACGGCAGCUCGCCCGAUGACUUGAUCAAGCCUGAUUUGAUUGUCAUCAUGAAUCCGGUGGAAAACAGAAACUGUAUAAAUGAGUGCAUUAAGCUGAGAAUCCCAACCAUUGGGUUGUGUGACACCAACAUGGAGCCUUCUUUGUUGACGUACCCGAUUCCAUCCAACGAUGACUCCAUGAGAGUGUCGUCGAUGAUGUUGGGAGUCUUGUCUAGAGCUGCGCAAGAAGGCAUUCAAGAGAGAAGAGAAUCCGUGCACCAAUACCGGAGCCAAAAAAACUCCGCUCAAAGUACAUAGUUCAUAAACUUGUAUAUAGGAUAUGCUUAUUGGCUAUCGAGAAUGGACAUACGAACGUUAUUAUUUAUGGCUCUAUUCAAUAGGUUUGACUUUCAAUCCCCUCUGGUGCACUUCUAGAAGAAACCUUUGUUUAUGGAUAGACUGUUGACGUAGAUACUCUUUAACUUGGGGGUUGUGUUCGUCGUACUCCCAGGAGUCAAAGGUCUCUGCAUCCACCUCCAACUCGCCCAAAUGGAUGUGGUGUGGGUCUGAUUCAAUCAACCUUUGCCCCAUCUCCUGUUCAUGUUGGAGAAUAAACUGCCGGAUAUAUUGGGAAUCAUAUCCACCAUCGUACAGCUCCCGGUGAUACUUCAACAACUCUACAGAUGUGAUGUGAACGUACAUCGACCUUUGGAUACAAUCGGGUAUACAGAUGAAAUGUUAACAAUUAGUAAUUAAGU